UCUGUUCCGUGUGUCACCCUUGUUUUAAUAUCUCUCUCUCUUCUCUCUUUUUUUUUUAUAGCCAUGUUACUGAAGAUCACCUUGUCUUCUGGAAGUAGAAACACAGUGAACAGAUGAAUCUAUUCAGCCAGACAUUCCCCCAGUAGAUCUCUCUGCUCAUGGAGCACCACGGCAGGGAGGAGAUGGACUCGAAAGAGGAAAGUCCUCAGGUGUGGGCUGACUCUGCUGAGCAGGAACAGAAUACUGCUCAGGUGCACUUUGUCCCUGAGGGGGGGACAGUGGCACAGAUUGUGUACAGCGAUGAGCAGGACCGUCCCUCGCAGCAGGUCGUCUACGCGGCGGAUGGCACCUCCUACACCUCCGUGGACACCUCGGAGCACACGCUCGUUUACAUCCAUCCCGUGGAAGCUACGCAGACUCUGUUUACAGAUCCAUCCCAAGUGGCUUACGUCCAACAGGAUGCCACCACCCAGCAGGUAACUGUGCUCUUGCCUGCUGCUGCUCAGAGCAUGAAUCCCACCAACCUGUCCGUGCUCGGCAACGUUGCCGAAUCCCCCCAGCAAAUGGCUCUGGAGCAGGGUCCACAAGCAGAUAGAGCAUCAUUACCGGUGCAUAACCAGGUGUUACCUCCUAUGGAGGCAGUGGAUGGUUCUGACCCUUUAGCACCUCUGCAGAAUCAAAUGGGAAGGAUGGAAACAAAAGAGGAAGAUGAUGAGGAUGAAGAUGAGGAAGAAGAUGGGGAAGACACUGACAUGGAUGAAUGGGAUCCAGAUCCACCUCGACCCUUUGAUCCCAAUGAUUUGUGGUGUGAAGAGUGUAAUAAUGCACAUCCCUCCGUGUGUCCAAAACACGGACCUUUGCAUCCCAUCCCAAACCGGCCUGUGCUGACCAGGGCGAGAGCCAGCCUCCCCUUGGUGCUCUAUAUAGACAGGUUUUUGGGAGGUGUGUUCUCCAAAAGGCGUAUCCCAAAACGCACGCAGUUUGGACCCGUGGAAGGACCCCUGGUUAGACAAACUGAACUCAAAGACUGCUAUAUCCAUUUGAAGGUGUCUCUUGAAAAGGGUGACAGAAAAGACAGAGAUUUGCAAGAGGACCUGUGGUUUGAACUUUCUAGCGAGGCUCUUUGUAACUGGAUGAUGUUUGUGCGCCCAGCUCAAAACCAUUUGGAGCAGAACCUGGUAGCGUAUCAGUAUGGCCACCAUAUUUAUUACACAACCAUUAAAAACGUGGAGCCCAAGCAGGAACUCAAGGUGUGGUACGCUGCCUCUUACGCAGAGUUUGUGAACCAGAAGAUCCAUGACAUAUCUGAGGAGGAAAGGAAGGUUCUCAGAGAGCAGGAGAAGAACUGGCCGUGUUAUGAGUGCAAUCGUCGUUUCAUGAGCUCAGAGCAACUCCAGCAGCACCUCAACUCCCACGAUGAGAAGCUGGACUUCUUCAGCAGAGCCAGAGGCCGAGGCCGUGGGCGAGGAAAGAGGAGGUUUGGACCAGGCAGACGCCCAGGGCGCCCUCCCAAAUUCAUGCGUAUGGAAGUAACCAGUGAAAAUGGGGAAAAGUGUGAAGAAGGGACGCAGGACUUGCUGCAUUUUUCCAGCAAGGGGCAGUUUGAUGAGGCCGGACAAGCCGCACUGAAUGGGUUGGAGCAGCAGGAACAGACUCCAGUGCCAUCAGAGACACAGUUGGCACUGGAGCAGCAGUCAGAAAACCACCCGCUACAAAUCCAGCCGCAGCAUGAUGAGAGCACGGUGCCUACGCAGAGCACCAUGACAGCAGAUGACAUGAGGCGAGCAAAGCGUAUCAGGAAUGCAGCUCUUCAGCACCUGUUCAUACGGAAAUCCUUUCGGCCGUUCAAAUGUCUCCAGUGUGGGAAGGCCUUCCGGGAAAAGGACAAACUGGAUCAGCAUUUGCGGUUUCAUGGACGGGAAGGGAACUGCCCUUUGACUUGUGACAUCUGCAACAAGGGCUUCAUCAACAGCGGUGCUCUCGAGAGCCACAUGAAGUUCCACAUGGACCAGAAAACAUACUCCUGCAUUUUCUGUCCCGAGUCCUUUGACCGCUUGGAUCUGCUUAAAGAUCAUGUGGCCAUCCAUGUCAAUGAUGGCUAUUUCACCUGCCCUACCUGCAAAAAACGCUUUCCGGAUUUUAUCCAGGUCAAGAAACACGUACGCAGUUUCCAUUCAGAAAAGAUUUACCAGUGUACAGAAUGUGACAAGGCUUUCUGCCGUCCUGACAAGCUGCGACUCCAUAUGUUGCGACACUCAGACCGCAAAGACUUCCUGUGCUCCACGUGUGGCAAGCAGUUCAAGCUGCGAGAGCACAUGCAGAGGAUGCACAACCCGGAGAGGGAGGCCAAGAAAGCUGAUCGAAUCAGCCGCUCAAAAACGUUCAAGCCUCGGAUAGCUUCCACUGACUACGAAAGCUUCAUGUUCAAGUGCCGGCUCUGUAUGAUGGGCUUCCGCCGGAGGGGGAUGUUGGUGAAUCAUUUAUCAAAGAGACAUCCAGACAUGAAAAUAGAAGAGGUGCCAGAGCUCACGUUGCCCAUCAUCAAACCCAACAGAGAUUACUUCUGUCAGUACUGUGAUAAGGUGUACAAGAGUGCCAGUAAACGCAAAGCACACAUCCUGAAGAACCACCCUGGUGCGGAGCUACCUCCAAGCAUCCGGAAACUGCGCCCUGCGGGCCCAGGAGAGCCAGAUCCCAUGCUGAGCACCCACACCCAGCUGACAGGCACCAUAGCCACCCCUCCGGUCUGCUGUCCUCACUGUUCCAAGCAGUACAGCAGUAAGACGAAGAUGGUACAGCACAUUCGCAAGAAGCACCCGGAGUUUGCUCAGCUCCCUAACACAAUACAUGCCCCGCUGGCGACAGCUGUCAUCAGUUCCACUCCUGCCGUGCUAACCACCGACAGCACUACCGGAGAGACUGUUGUGACGACAGAUUUACUGACACAAGCGAUGACGGAGAUAUCCCAGACCCUCACAACAGACUAUCGAACUCCCCAGGGAGAUUACCAGCGAAUCCAGUACAUCCCUGUGUCUCAGUCCACAACUGGCUUGCAGCAGCCUCAGCACAUACAGCUGCAGGUUGUUCAAGUGGCCCAGGCUACCUCACCUCACCAGUCCCAGCACUCCACAGUGGACGUUGGGCAGCUUCACGACCCCCAGACAUACACCCAGCAUGCCAUCCAGGUGCAGCACAUCCAGGUCACAGAGCCACCGCCAGCAACUCAGUCGUCAUCGCAGGUUGGGGGUCAGCCUUUGAGUCCCUCCUCACAGCAAUUUCGGAGCUAUUCAUCUGAGAUUCAGAUGAUGACCAUUCCCCAAGGCCAGUACGUGAUCACAGAGACCGCUGUAGGUACGCCGGUCACCACUGUCAACACAGGGCAAGUGAAAGCAGUUACUCAGACUCACUAUGUGAUAUCUGAAGGUCAGCCUGAUCUGGAUGUCAAACAAAACCCGUCGCUCUCCAGCGAGGUACAGGUCGGCGUCUCCCAGCCACCCGCCCACACGGAUACCUUGGAAUCGCAAACGAGCAGUCAGCAGCAAACCACCCAGUACAUAAUCACUACAACCACCAACGGGAACGGCGGCAGUGAAGUGCACAUCACUAAACCAAGAACUUUCUCAGCAGAACACGAAUGAAGAAGCCUCGCGGUGUCGCUUGCUUGUACUUGUCACCUCCCCCGAAAGCCCAGAUCGAUGGGUAUCCUGGAGCUCAAUAUGUUUUAAAGUAUCUGCUCACUUAACUUCAACUAAAGUCUUGGAGCUCUUGUUAAUGCUUUAAGAGGGUUUAAGUCCCCGGUGACCAUGAAGAAGUACCCUCAAAAUCCUUCUGGGAUGCUAUUUUAUGCAGCUUUUAACAAAAAGGACAAGAGGAGAAGUGAAACCUCUGCUUGCUCUGGACUUUAUUUUUGGCAUGUCUGCUGACCCUUACUUUUCCUUCCUGGAAGUGUCUCCAGCAAACAACUUUUUAUUUCAAUAGUAUGGGAAAAAGCUUGCCUAACUGAAGGCUGACUGGCGGAUUAUGUUGUAUGUAUAUUUUUAACAGGAGCCGUUAAACAGGAGGACAUCAUGUGCGUUGCCAGAAUACGGCAGAACUGCUUCCCGUGUCUUUGUUUCAGCAGCCGAGGUGAAAGGGGAUGUACCAGCUCGACGCGAGCAGACUGCCUGGAGAAGAAGAGCAGCAGCAGCAAAGCUGGUGGCUCCUUGCGUACGUGCGCGGGGAUGGAUGUAACGACAAAGCUGUGAAGAUGUGCCGAAGCAGUCCAUUAAAUUAUUAUUUUUCCAACCCUGGAGAACUGUUUACGUGCUGUCUGCCCUGCCCUAUUUUACCAAGCGGUUCCAGAAAGAACAGAAAGUGCAGUCUUAAACCCAUGUUUGGCACAAACUGAUCGAAAUCAUAGUAGCACAUAAGGGUAGUACAGAGGCGCUGUUCUCUCUUUUCCCCUCCAGUGUUUGCAGGGAAAACGGCCUUUUUGCCUGUGAACAAAAAAGGCUCAGCUUAGCCUGCAUAGCAGCUUCUGCUGGGACCCACAGAUAGCUGUGCCAGGAGAAAGGGAGGGUACGGGAGCACACCCCAGAAGAGGCAGGGCGGUUGUCUCUGUUGCCGCCUCGGAGUGGGCGUAUUUUACCCCUCGAAGACUGGAUGGAGAGUUGGUUACUUUUGAUUUUUCCGAAUACCUUGUUAACAAUACACUGUAAUUCCUUUGGACGGUUCCAUAAAACGAGCAGCCCUGGACUCAGGAAACAUACACGGAACAUGCUAGUGGACCACUAUUUAUGGGACACAGAAAGCCAUCUGUGGGGGUUGCCUGCUUUGGUAGACCUGGUCUAUCUGCAGAAUUUACGUUACGUUUACCAGGAGAAAGUGAAAGAGAAGAUUUCUCUCUUAAGGCAGUGUAAUUUUCUUUUUCUUACGUAAUUCUCCUUCACAGGUCUUGUUGGUUGGUUAUUUAAUGCAUUCUGGGAUUUGCAAGAAUAUGACUACAACUCCAUUGACGCCUGAUGGGAUAUACCGUGUAUGUCUAAACCUCCUUUCGCUCUGCUUGAGAACUCAUCCCAGAAUGUCUGUGCAUAACAGGAUACGUUUAUUUAUAAAACAAAAGCAAAGAAGGAUGUUUUGUCCUAAAGGCCCUUGAGACUGAAGAACUGAGAGGGGUUUUCUUGAUCCGUUUUCUCUUGUGCCGCACCGAGUGUGAAGGCGGGACUCUUCUGCGUAAGUACCCCCCCAGAUUUAGAUGAGGAAUACCCGUGCGAGUAAGCGCUACAGCCGUUUACAGGUUGUGGUAUCGGGCCUUACGCAGUUAAAGCUCUUAGAGACGAGAGAGCUUCACACUCGGACUGGACGAGAGGAAGUCUGGCGACUUGCGGGCAAAGCCUUGCAGCAGGUAUCGCUUUGGUAAUUAACAUAUCUGUUAAUAUGGCGUGGAAAUAGUGACGGUGCGUGGUAAAAUAAAUCAGAUUGAAAACACCGGCCAGCUCAGAACUGCUUUGAGGUAGCUUUGAUAAGGACUUGGUGACUUGCCAAAAUGUGGAUUAAUUUGUUCCUGGGAUUUGGCUUCUCUUGCUGUACCACCGUACCGGGGCAUUAACGAGACUGGUGAAGUUAAUAAGGACCGGAGCUCCCAUUUAGUUAAGCGCAGCGGUGUCUUUGAAUUCGGUGGAUUUGGGAGCCCAUCGACUUCAGCCGCGUGGCCAAGGGACUGCAGUUCCCGCUAGUUCACUUGAAGUCGUGCUGCUGAGGGCUUCUGAAUUACGGCGUUGGGCGUUGUGACGUUGUUGGUGUGAGAGAAAAGAAGGGAGACUUUUGUCUUGAUUUUCUUCAGGCUGCUAGGUUAUUUUAUAAUGAGUCAAAAAAUGGCAUGAGUAAUAGGAAAAUAGGAGAUUUGGAAGUGGGAUGUUCCAGGCGGAUACUGCCCUACAGGAGCAAUUUUAAAGACUUAAAAGGUCUAUAGUCUGUACAGAUGAACAUCAAACUUUCCCCUCAGUGAUAUUGCAGAUGUGGGGUUUAAAAAAUGCUUUGCUCUGUUCACCUUUGUUGGAAAGGAACACAGACUGAGGACACUUGUUACCUGUUAGUCAAGGCUGAAAACUACACGGUGUUCCACAAAACCAUUUUAAAACAGCCUCUGUGAACUCGACUCUUCCUUAUCAAAGUUUCUACUCUGGCCUACAGCAACGGCAGCGUACUCGGUACCUGCAUUAAGCGAUUCACGGUGUCCCAAGUUAAACGAAUGCGUCAUCGCGAGAGAAGCAUCCCUGGAAAUGGAAGUAUCAUGAAUUUUCCUUCCGAGGUGAGGAACUACAGCGAUUGCACAGUUGGCAGGGGCCCGCUUUUAGAAAGGCGACAGAAAAAAAAGAUAAGUUUGCAUGGAUAUUUUUUUUUUCCCCUCCCAUUUCUGCAGUGCAGAAGGUGUCGGAUUUAUUAUUAUUUUUAAACCAGAGCAACCCAAAGAUCUCUUUCCUACGUCAUGUCCCACAGGAGCUUAAGGCUGGAGUCCUCUCGGUUGCCGAAAAGGGACACGUUUUACUCGAAGGUGGGCAUCGCUGCGGGCUCCCCGGCGGCCUGAUGCUGUUCCUUGUAGGUG